UCUCAUAUAUUCUCUGCAUCCUACUUUAAACCAGCCAAUCAAUAACUGAAAUGGGCCGCUGAUUACCUAAAAAUGUUGUGGUGAGGAUUGAGUGAGAUUCGCCUUGAUAGGCUGAGGUGGGGAGACCACAAUCGAGAUAUGUAGAAAUGUGAAUAAAGAUCCGCCAUAGUAGCAUAAAUUAUGGGGGUUCCCUGUUGUGAUUGGUGUGCCUGGGAACAUGGGAAGGGGUGUGGAAACUUGCGGGAAUGUUUGAUCUCACUGGGUGCUGAAUGAGUGGCUCUUGUUAUUCAUGAAGUGGACAGAGCGGUCUCGCAAAACCGAGUGGGGGAAAAAGGAGUUUUUGAAACCUUAUAUUUAACUGUACCCUGUCUGGAAAAUGUAGAAAGAUGAACGGGGCGGUUCCAUAUUUCACAAACUUGUACAAAAAAAACUUUGAAACGUGUAUUAAAUUGAUAUUUAAAGAGAAGACAGGACGGCCGAUUGCUGUGUCGGGCCGGUUCCCGGGUGGCAGUGGAAAGUUUGCUCGUUGUGUGUUGACUGCGAGCCCCCUCUGUAGUGUUUUGGAGAGGCAGACCACCCACAGCGUGAGCUAGGAUAGUCUCUCAACCCGGCGCCAUUGCACACCACCGCCGCCGCUGCUGCCUCCGCUUUGUGCAACGCAAGAUUUUGGGAGGGGGUGCGGGAGAGCGAACAAGAGGGAGGGGAAAAAAACCUCCGAGAAGACAUGAACAAACCUGGAAACAUAUAAAUGAAUGGAGUGCGUGCAGAAGGUGAGACCUGACUAAUGAAAAUUUUACGUAGCGAGGGAUGAAGAAGAAAAAGUGAAAGCACUGAAGUUCCUUUGAGUUGAGGAGACAAAGGGAGCUGGUGGGUUGAUUCAGUCGCGAGCAUUCAAGCAUGCCAUCGCCUCACUGUUCCACAGUUUCACAAUGAACUAUAAUACCAGUGCCAACAGGAGUGUGGGACACAGCACUUCACAGGAAGAUGGUGGAGUCAUAAUUGCAGAAUCAAUUGCCAUCAUUGUCAUUGCUGUGUUAAUCUGUCUGGGAAACCUGGUGAUUGUCAUAACUCUUUACAAGAAAUCUUACCUCUUGACGCCAAGCAAUAAGUUUGUCUUCAGUCUGACACUUUCCAAUUUUCUGUUAUCUAUUCUGGUGCUUCCUUUUGUUAUUGCAAGCUCCAUCAAGCGAGAAUGGAUCUUUGGGGUGGUUUGGUGCAACUUCACAGCCCUGCUGUACAUGCUUAUCAGCUCAGCCAGUAUGAUGACCCUUGGAGUCAUUGCAAUAGAUCGGUACUAUGCUGUUGUUUAUCCGAUGGUAUAUCCUAUGAAAAUAACUGGGAAUCGUGCUGUUGUUGUGAUUGCUUAUGUGUGGCUGCACUCACUAAUUGGAUGUCUUCCUCCUCUCUUUGGCUGGUCCACAUUUGAGUUUGACCAAUUCAAGUGGAUCUGUUUGGCUGCAUGGGACAAAGAACUAGGAUACACUGCCUUUUGGCAGAUUUGGUGUGCACUGUUGCCGUUUUUAGCAAUGGUCAUUUGCUACGGCUUUAUAUUCCGUGUGGCCAGGCUUAAAGCCCGUAAAAUCCACUGUGGAACGAUUAUAGUUGUGCAGGAAGAAUCCAAAAAGAACGAGAGAAAAAAUUCCAACUCUUCUACCUCUUCAUCAGGGAGCAGAAGGAACACUGUCAAUAACAUUGUUUAUUCAGCCAAUCAAUGCAAAGCCUUGACAACUAUCCUGAUUGUGAUUGGUGCUUUUGUUGUCACAUGGGGCCCCUAUAUGGUCGUGAUUAGUACUGAAGCACUUCAUGGAAAAGGCACUGUCUCUCCAGGAGUAGAGACACUUGUAAUAUGGUUAUCUUUUACUAGUGCAAUUUGUCAUCCAGUUAUCUAUGGACUAUGGAAUAAAACGGUACGCAGAGAGCUGCUGGGGAUGUGCUUUGGUGACAGAUACUACAGGGAUUCAUUUAUUCAACGUCAGAGGACUUCCAGAUUAUUCAGCAUCUCCAAUCGGAUCACAGAUUUGGGGCUGUCUCCUCACCUCGCAGCCAUGAUGGCUGGUGGGCAGUCUCUAGGACAGAGCAGUAGUACUGGGGAUACAGGAUUCAGCUUUUCUCAGGAUUCAGGUACUGACGUCAUGCUUUUGGAAGAUUUCAAUUCAGAUGGAACUCAUUAUUUGCACCACAACUAUUCCAAUCGAAGACGGAGUUCUGUGACAAUAGAUGAAAUUGCAGAACCAAAAGAGGAACCUGAUCAGUCUUCAGUCCUGCAAAUCAAAGCAGAUGUUCAUAAAACGCUGGAUAAUUUUGCUGCCAGUUUGGCCAAAGCUAUUGAGACAGAUGCCAAAAUGAGCCUUUUUGGAGAGAGUAGUUUACCUGGAGAUUUGUUUACUAUUAUUAAAACCAGGCCUGGAGGUACCAAUAAAGGAAACAAAGUCUCUGCAGGUCAGAGAUUGCGGCUGGAGAGUAUUGAUGAAGGAAUUGUUCAUGACGGUGCAGAGGAAGAUAGUGCUUGAAAGGUUUGAAACAACCUUAAGCCUCAGCCAGCUAACAUGGUGAAAUAAAUGUUAGUGGUUGUUACUAUGCUUUCAUUUAUUUGUAUUGUUAUCUCAAUAUUCUUAAAAAAAAGAUUGGAGAGGAACUUAAGUGGUAGAAAGAUAAAAUUUGACAGAAGCCAAAGAAAUGAGUUUAUAGAUUUGACAUCCAUGUACAUUCAAACAUACCUACUUCUAUAAUUUGGUUUAACAUACAGAAUUAAUUUCUUCAAAAGAGAUUCUUAAAGAGGAAGAAUGUUGGGAUUUACUAAUCCCAAAAAGCAGAAAACCACUAAAGAUUUAUUCCUUACUUCCAGCCAUAGCUGCUGGUAACACCAGUGACAGUGGCAAGAUUAAGGUUGAGUAAAUGCAAUAAAAUGUCGGGCUGUAAUGUUUUUAAAAAAAAUGACAGUAUCUGAACUUUCAGCUACACAAUUGGCUAUAAAGGGAAAGUUCUGAUUCAGCAAACUUGUUGCUGUUUUGGGUUUCUAAAUCCUCUAUUCAAGCCUUGUUAGAAGUUCAUUUCCCGUUGGUAAUGUCUUGAUUAUUAGUCUUUUUUUAAAAAGAAAAGGUUUUGGAUGCCCAUGGAAAGGUUAGAACCAAUAGGAAUGGAGCAGAAGCCAAACCAUGAAAUAGCUGACUGUUAAGAGUUACACCAUUCAAAUUAUAGUAAAUGUGCCCUUGUACUUUUGCAGUUGCUCACAGGAGACUGUUUACUAGUUUCCAAGUUGUGAUAUUCAAUUCUUUAUGUCUUAGACAAUUAAAUGAUAUGGGUUAUGUGCUUCAAACUAAAAUAUAUUGAAAAAUUUAAUCAGUUAAAACGGUUGGCAGAUGUUAUUACCAUUUUUGUAUUAAAAUAAACCUGAAAAGUUACAUUAAAGUCUGACUUUUCAUUUCCACACUGGUUUAAAAUAUUAUACUUAUUAAUCAUAUGACAAGUAGCAUGGGAUACAGAGAUAACAAGGUGUAGAGCUGGAUGAACACAGCAGGCCAAGCAGCAUCAGAGGAGCAGGAAGGCUGACGUUUUGGGCUUAGACCCUUCUUCAGAAAUGGGAUACAGUUGCCACCUGAAGAUUCAUUGCCUCCAUGCGAUCACAGUGCCGUAGGUAUUUAGUGGUGUAAGGAGUUUUAUUUGGCUGGAAGCAGGACUUUCAUCCAGUGGUCCUACCUCCGAGUUGCCAGUUAAUCUGAUUGGCUGCAUAUUAGCGACUGAAAGAGGAAUUACCAGGCCAGGCUUCCCUUUCUGUCCCCGCAAGUUGAGGGCCUUCAGUGGACCACUCCAACUGGAGUCCACCUACCCGGUAUAAAAUCAUGGACAGCCAUCCAAGGGAAUUUUGUGCCCCAUUUACAAACCUGCUUUACAAACAUGCGACACUAUUGAAGACUAUUUUAUGGGAUAUGGAGUUAGGAGGAGGAUAGCAAAAUUAAUUUAAACAAGAAUGAUCCAAGGCUGCUGUUCAAUGGAUGGUAAAUUCUAAUUGUAAAUCCACGUUCCACUU